GCGCUGGAGGGAGGGCGAGGGGGCAAGAUGGCGGCGGUGGUGGAAGUGGAGGUUGGGGGCCCCCUGGACCGCGACGUGGAGGAGGUUGAUUUAUCGCAUUUGGCUCCCGAGGAGAGAUGGAGGGUCGAACACGCUCGGAUGCAUGCCAAGCACCGCGGCCACGAGGCCAUGCACGCCGAGAUGGUCCUCAUCCUGAUCGCCACCCUGGUGGUGGCUCAGCUCCUCCUGGUGCAGUGGAAGCAGAGGCACCCCCGCUCCUAUAACAUGGUGACCCUCUUCCAGAUGUGGGUCGUCCCCCUCUACUUCACAGUGAAGCUGCACUGGUGGCGGUUCCUGGUGAUCUGGGUCUUCUUCUCGGUCGUCACAGCUUUUGUCACGUUCAGAGCAACACGCAAACCUCUCGUCCAGACGACUCCCAGGUUGGUGUACAAGUGGUUUCUGCUAAUAUACAAGAUCAGCUACGCCACGGGAAUUGUGGGCUACAUGGCUGUGAUGUUCACGCUCUUUGGGCUUAACCUAUUAUUCAGAAUCAAGCCAGAAGAUGGAAUGGACUUUGGGAUUUCUCUCCUCUUCUAUGGCCUCUAUUACGGAGUACUGGAGCGAGACUUUGCCGAAAUGUGUGCUGACUACAUGGCCUCCACUAUAGGGUUCUACAGUGCGUCAGGGAUGCCCACCAAGCACCUCUCGGACAGCGUCUGUGCCGUCUGUGGCCAGCAGAUCUUUGUGGACGUCAACGAAGAAGGGAUCAUCGAGAACACGUACAGGCUGUCCUGCAAUCACGUCUUCCACGAGUUCUGCAUCCGCGGCUGGUGCAUCGUUGGGAAGAAGCAGACCUGCCCCUACUGCAAAGAGAAGGUGGACCUGAAGAGGAUGUUCAGCAACCCCUGGGAACGGCCGCACGUCAUGUACGGGCAGCUCCUCGACUGGCUCCGCUACCUGGUGGCCUGGCAGCCGGUCAUCAUCGGACUGGUCCAAGGGAUCAACUACAUCCUGGGCUUGGAGUAACCCCGCUCUCCCCCCCCCCGGCCGGCUCCCUCCUCCCACCUCCGUCCAGGUCGCGCCUGGGAGCUGCGGCCACCGAGCUGCGUGU